CCCUUACUGUGUACGGCACCUGAUCAGUACUAGCACUCUAGCAAAAUGAUAAUAUUCUAUUUGUUCGCAUGUCUGUCACUCUCACUUCUACAAACAUGCUUGACAGAUAAUGAUAAUAAUUACAAAAUGUAUAGUCACCACAAAAUGUAUUAUAUUGAAGGACACGAAGAAGGAAUGGACAAGGCCAUGGAUUUUCUUACGAAGAAUUAUGAAAUACCGUACCACUCAAGAUCUGAAAAGGGUUGUCAUAUGCUGGUUGCUCCUGAACUGGUGCCUUUAGUGGAAGGGAUCUCAUACACACAUGGCCUCAACACAAAAGUCAUUCUCAAUGAUUUUUCUGAAUUAAUUCGUAACGAGAAGAACAGAACGAGUAAAACCAACGAUGGAUUCUCUUGGACUGCUUACUAUGACGUCGAUGAUAUUUACAACUAUCUCCAAAACAUGAGUGACCAGCAUCCACAAUGGGCGCAGCUGGUGGUCGGUGGGCAGAGCUAUGAAGGUCGCCAGAUUCUGGGGCUCAGAAUCAACACUCCUACUGAUGUAGACAAACCUGUUAUGUUUAUUGAGUCAGGCAUUCAUGCAAGGGAAUGGAUAACUCCUGCCACGACGACGUACUUCAUCAACGAACUGCUGACCAGCUCCGACCCAGAAAUUAUGGAAAUGAGGGACCAGUUUGACUGGCAUAUCUUCCCAACAGUAAACCCUGAUGGGUACCACUACAGUUACACUAGAGAUCGAAUGUGGAGAAAAACUAGAUCUCCGUCAGAAAAUGGAUGCUAUGGCGCCGAUCCUAACAGGAAUUGGGACUACAAUUGGUUGGAUUACGGUUCAUCAAGCAACCCGUGCAACUACCAGACAUAUGCUGGCUCUAAACCAUUCUCAGAAAUUGAGACUCGGUCUCUAUCAGAGUAUAUCUCAGGACUGGAGAACAUGCUAGGGUACAUCGCGUUCCAUGCUGAUGCCCAAAUGUUGCUGCUUCCCUACUCCGACUCCAGUGAACAUGUCGACAAUUAUGACGAUUUGAAACAAAUUGGCGAUGCAUCCCUGAGCCGGGGUUACGCAGUAAAUAAAGCGAAGUACGACGGUCCUGGAACUGCUUCAGAAAUAUUGUAUAAAGCAUCAGGAGGCAGUAUAGAUUGGGUCAGGUACACCCAGGGUACUCGUCUAGUGUAUGUUUACGAGCUUCGUGGAAGGUUCUUCCAGUGGCCUGCCAGUAGGAUCCACGAGCAAGGAGACGAGGUUACACAGAUGAUGGUCGGGCUCGUCUCAGAAGCACGCAACUUGGGAUACUUCUAGAAACACUCAAAUCUACACUUUGGAACGAGCGAAUCAAACUUCACUAGAGGACUGACCGACAGACAGACGUUAUUAAUAUUAUUAUAUUUGCUUUGACGUUCAAAAGUGCCUUCCUGGUCUAUUUGAAAUAAAUGAUUUUAACUUUGACUUUGACACUAUGUAUUGUUAUGUCAAAGUGAACUGAAACAUUGCAAAUAUACUUUAUUGAAUGAUU